AUGAGUAAAGAACCCAAGCAACCUUCCAAUGUAUCUGUCCAUUUCCUCGGGACAUGUGCUGGUGCCGGUCCGGUGGUCAGCCGGAAUUGCUCCUCUCUAGCUGUAGACUUUGGCAACGAAGUGUGGGUCUUCGACGCCGCUGAUGGUACUCUCGGUAGACUACACCAGUCUUCACUCAAAAUGUCCAAUAUCACUCGGAUCUUCAUCACACACAUGCAUGCUGACCACGUCUUGGGUCUAGUACCCAUCUUGACUACCAUCAUGUCAGGAGUGGGAGUGACCGAUGAUGAUCUCGAAGAAUUGAGGCAGAAGGGAACAUCCAAAAAACCAACAGUGAAUAUUUAUGGACCAGCGGGCUUACGAAAACUGGUGCGGACCACUAUCAACCUCACGAGCUUGAUCUUGCGCGGUGCGUACGCGGUACAUGAGCUGUUCACGGAUACGCCGUCUGUGGGUUGCUCAGAGGAGGAGUUGCAUGUCAACGAAGCGGUAGGUAUGGACCUAUCAGCAGAUGAGAAUGGAGUAUGUGAGAAUAUCCUCCUUGAGGGAAACGGAAAGCAGGGGAAGGGUUGGGCAGUCAGUGCGGGUCCUAUCGACCAUCGAGGAACCAAGAGCUCAUCAGAUAUAGUACCUUCCCUCGGAUAUGUAUUACAAGAACCAGUCCCACGAUUACCAUUGGAUACCUCCGUCCUGGUCCCUCUUCUCCAAGCACACGCAGACGCACUCGCCGCUCUCGAUCCACCCGUCAGACAUCCUCUCUCUCUCCUCUCGCAUCUUACAUCCCUCCCUACCCCGAAGCCAUACACGCUCCCAUCUGGCGAGGUUUUAUACCCUCCCGAGCCGUCUGGUAUUCCCGCUCGCAAGCUGGUCAUCUUCGGAGAUUGCACAGGGGGUACAGAAAACGCCCGAUUUUUGGAGAUCUGUAGCGACCCGAGUCUAUUGAUACAUGAAUGUACCAAUGCUGCUAUACCUGAGCUCGUCCAACGAGGAGAGAAAGGACGGAAGGUGAGGACGAGAGCACUGGAGCAUAGUUUGGUGAAGCAGCAAGAAAUUCGGCAAGGAGAACGAUUGGGUGCUGAUUACCCACCAAAUACGCAUAGUGAAAAUGAGGUGUGUCAAACGGAAAAGAAGGAACGAGAAGAGAGAGAGACGAAACACAGAGAAGUGACGAGAAUGAAAGCUUUCAAGAAUGGACAUUCGACUCCGCUAGAAGUGGGAACUUUCGCCAAGACGAUACGAGCGAGAAGAGUUGCCGUUAAUCACUUUUCAGCCAUGUUCCCUGCGCCGAGAUAUCCUUCGUCUGAUCCGUAUCCUUCCAUUCUAUCUCCCAUGUCACCGUUACCUUACCCUGCACCGUGGCCACUGAGAUAUUCGAUCGAUCCACCGAUGUCCCCCGUCCCGCUGACAGCGGCUGAAUUGCAUUUGCGACUGAUAUUGCAAUCUGUAACGGACCAGAUCGAUGAGGUUUGGGACGGUCCCGCAUUUCCUCUUUCCUUAUCAACUUACCCCUCUAUCGAUCCGUAUACGCAAGUCUUGUCUCCCAAUUCUCAACGUAGCUCUAGUGGUCGGAAGUCGAUCGCCACAAGGGAUUUCAUGAUACUCCCCGUCCCGUCUCACGAGCUAUCGGAGUCGGAGAUGUCAACCAUAGCGCUGGUGGAGGGAGAGGGUAGGGAGGUCAUGACGGAAUGGCGUGAAAGGGGUGGGGUUUGGAUGGGUCAAGGGACUGAGCGACGUUGGGUAGGGGUGGAAAAGGAGUGA